GACAGCACUUAAGUUCUGAAAGUCCCAAAAAGCCUAGUAAUUAAAUUAUCCACAUUUACCUACUUAUCUACUCAUAUAUUAUGGUAUUGUUUACUUUUAUUUUAAAAAAAUUAAAAUAACCUCUAAAAUCACCUCAACAAUCAAACUUGGUUACAAUUAAUGGAAAUUGAUAGCCACGUGCUUUACAACUCAAACUGAAUAUGGUUUAUGGUAAUUUUGUAAUGAUAAUUGAAAAUAGAGAUAACAGGUAUUUUAUUUGAUCAAAUUAUCCAAAUAUACAUUAUCAGAUAUGGAAAAUAUUGUUUUUUUGGAAACCAAUUCUACUUCUGAUAAUUAUAAACAAUCAUAUCAAAUAUCCUUGCCAUUGCAGUCAUAUAUAAUUUAUUGCAUUUAUAAAUACUGUGCUCCAGAUGAGGUAGACUUGUGUUUUGUCUCUAUACCAUCUUCAGAGAAUGAAAUAACACUUGAUUUCUGUGAGGAAAAAGUUAAUCUUCAUUUUACUAAUCUGAAAGAUGUUCCUUGGCAAGUAAAAUCUUGUGCAUUUCCUGUAACUUUAUAUGGAGACACUAUCAUCACUGGUUUGUGUGCAGUGGCUAGACACAUAUGUAAGUACCGCACACAAAACCAAAGUUCAUUUGAACAUGAAGAAGGUUUGCUUGGAUUUAGAAAAGGUUGCUUGCAGGCACCCAAUGAGGUUUCAAUAUGGACAAAAUUCUGCGAAGUAGAUUUAUUGAGAACCAUAAAAGAAUGUCUAAGUACUGAAAAAAUGUGUGUACUACCAAAAAACAUGGUCAGAUUUGAGAACCAUCUUAGGAAGCCGGUAAGAGUACACAAUGUUUAUAAAGUAGCAAGAGAUAUAAAGAAAGAGACAUUAAAAAAAAUUGAUGAUGAUAGAAAGAUAGCGAAGGAAGUUACAUCAAUAUCAGAAAAUACUAGAACGUCUAAGACCAGGAAAUGGAAAUCUAAUAUUAAAAAACAACUAGAAGUAGAUUGCUCUAUCAAAAUAGAGGACUUAAACAUCAGUCACCAAUUUGCCGAGGGUCCCUUUUUCACUUUAGCUGAUCUAAUUUUACUUCCUUCUUACUAUAUUAUAGCACAGUCAUUUGGUACUACUUUUGAAUCAGUUUUACCAUUGACAUCUAAGUGGUUUACAAAUGUUAUGAACAUACCUGAGAUACAAACAAUAAAAUCUGUACUGGAUGGGAUCAGGAAACAUUCAAUAUUGCUUGAAAACUUAUCUGUACCUACAACAGAUGAUGUCAGUUUGUACAAAUGUGAUCCAAAAAGGCAAAAUCCAAAGAAAAGAUUAUUUACCAAACCAGAUGACAUAGAAAAUGCUUUGAGUACACUGGUAGAGGGCAUGGAAUUAAAUGUAAAGAAUAUUCCUUUCGAUUCAUGUAUAAAUUGGAGUGACAUACCCGAUGGUGCUAAUCCUACAGCGGGUCAUUUGCCUGAUGAGAGAGUUACCAGGAAAUCUCAGCAGCUUGAAAAUCUAGCAUUAGCCGUUUUAAAUAUAGCAAAAGAAGGGGAUGUUAUUGUGGACUUCUGCAGUGGCAGUGGUCAUUUGGGGAUUCUAAUUGCUUACCUAUUACCUAAAUGUACAGUAAUAUUAUUAGAAAACAAAGAACAAUCACUUUUGAGGGCAAGACAAAGGGUGCAUGAUAUGGGUCUAAAAAAUGUACUUUUCUUUCAGUGUAACCUUGAUUUUUUUAUUGGUAAAUUUGAUAUAGGCAUUGCUUUACAUGCCUGUGGUAUAGCAAGCGACCUAGUUUUGGACAAGUGUUUGAAAGUCAAUGCUAAGUUUGUUUUGUGUCCAUGUUGUUAUGGAUCCCUGCAUGCUACAGAUAGACUAGUUUAUCCUAGGAGUUGUAAGUUUAGUAAUGUCACCAUUGACCAGUAUUUAUGUAUUGGUCAUGCGGCCGAUCAAACUCAUAAGGAACAUCCAUUAACCAUUAGAGGUGCUAGAUGUAUGGCCAUUAUAGAUUCGGACAGAGGCAGAUUAGCUGAAGAGUUUGGCUAUACAGUCACACUCUCAAGAUUAAAACCUCUUUCGUGCACACCUAAAAAUAAUUUACUCAUAGGGGUCCCAUCCUAGCAAUAAAACUAUUAAAUUAGAUUAUAAUUUUUUUUAUUUAAGUAUAUAACAAAAUUCUGAAAAUAUAUUUUGUACAAAA